GACCAGUUCAAUUUCACCCACCGUCGCUAGAAGAGAGAGGGCGACAGCGAGAGCGAGAGAGAUGACAACAAUUCGAAGAUUUUGCUGCGAUGAUCUUCUACGAUUCUCUUCUGUAAAUCUCGAUCAUCUCACAGAAACUUUUAAUAUGUCAUUCUAUAUGACCUACUUGGCACGCUGGCCUGAUUAUUUCCAUGUCGCCGAAGCUCCAGGAAACAGAGUUAUGGGAUACAUUAUGGGUAAAGUUGAAGGGCAAGGUGAGUCAUGGCAUGGUCAUGUCACAGCAGUUACAGUAGCUCCAGAAUUCCGCAGGCAGCAGUUGGCUAAGAAACUAAUGAACCUGCUAGAAGACAUAAGUGACAAGAUUGACAAGGCGUACUUUGUGGACCUGUUUGUAAGAGCAUCAAAUACACCAGCUAUAAAGAUGUAUGAAAAGCUUGAGUACGUGAUUUAUAGACGUGUGUUACGUUACUAUUCCGGGGAAGAAGAUGGGUUAGAUAUGAGGAAAGCUUUAUCUCGGGAUGUAGAAAAGAAGUCUAUAAUCCCACUCAAGAGGCCAGUUACCCCAGAUGAACUCGAGUAUGACUAGGUUGAAGCCAAUGGGAUUUGAAGUUGGGUCAACUUCAUUUUGGAGUGUAAAGUGUUUCAUACUAAGUAAUCACCACUAGGCCACCUUAAUGGUGGUAAUGGAUGCUGUUAGUUUUUGGCUGUUAAACGCGUGUAAUAUUACCGUUUUACCCCUUAGUGUAUUCUGGGUUUUGAUUUCCACUCCCCAC